CUGUCUGCUUGAAUCCAUGACAGAAACAAAGUGCCCCCUCCCACUCCGAGUUGUGCGGGCCCGCUUCAGAUCCAACUCCAAAUACAUAAAGCCUCCAUGUUGCACAAGGAAUGUAAGGGCCAACGCACUCCAAGUAUUAGCUGGCCAACUUUACAGCGUCUUUCUCUAUGCUUUGGAUGAGACUAACUCUUCGACAGGCUUGUUUCGAAGCCGUAACAGGGAAGGACGCAGCACAUCAUUUUUUUCGGGGGAUGAUUGGAUCUUCACGGCUAACCCGCUAACCACAAAGCUAGUUGUUAACUUCAUCUGAGGGGUGAUUUGACGUCGUUUUGUUUUGACUUUUAAGACACGCGCUAUCGGGGUUACCUGGCGAAAGAAUGUUAUUUUGCGCGGGGUCAUAGAUGACAGUCGUAAAACGGAUUUUAUUGAGAACCGAGCUAGCCGGCUGGCUUUCCCCGCUGCCACGACGCUUCGUCUGGGACGCUUGCGUGUCUUUUGUGGGCGACCUGAUUUCCCUCGGCUUAAACAGCGAGCUAACGUUAGCUAGCAUUCCCAAGCAAGCGGGCUAAUAUUGCAGGAGUUACAAAGCGGAAUAACCACCCGGCUCAAUGGACCACAUGUCCAUAAUAACCCAAGUUUCCAAUCCAAAGGAGGAGGAAAUUAUAUCCCUCAACCAGGAAAAAGCAUCCAAGUCCAACAGUCUAAAGAAGCAUAGAAGCCGGAGCAUCUUCAGCACAUUCUUCUGCUGCUUCCGCAACUACAAUGUGGAGACGCCAGUCAACAACAGCAACACACCGACCCUGCCUCCACUUCCACCUGAAGAGAACGGAUCACCACCAAAGCGUGACCAGGCCGAGGUCCUUCCUGUCCCUAGUCCACCAGCCAAAUACCUCCUACCAGAGAUGAAAAUAUCGGACUACGGUAAAAAGUGUGUUGUGAUCGACUUGGAUGAAACUCUUGUCCAUAGUUCAUUUAAGCCAAUCAGCAAUGCAGAUUUUAUUGUUCCAGUGGAGAUCGAUGGCACAGUUCAUCAGGUAUAUGUGCUGAAACGACCACAUGUGGACGAGUUCCUUCAAAAAAUGGGAGAACUGUUUGAAUGUGUGCUCUUCACAGCCAGUCUGGCAAAGUACGCAGACCCUGUGGCAGACCUGCUGGACCAGUGGGGCGUGUUCAGAGCACGACUCUUCCGAGAGUCCUGCGUGUUCCACAGAGGGAACUAUGUUAAAGACCUCAGCCGGCUCGGACGAGAGCUCAGCAACAUCAUUAUUGUUGACAACUCACCCGCCUCGUACAUUUUUCACCCAGAAAAUGCUGUACCGGUCCAGUCAUGGUUUGACGACAUGAAUGACACAGAGUUGCUGGACCUGCUGCCUUUCUUUGAGGGACUCAGCAAAGAAGAUGAGGUUUACGGGGUCCUCCAGAAUCUGAGGGGCAGGUAGCAGGACCAAGAGCAGCUGCGCUUGCACUUCUGACUGAGGUUCCAUUGGGUACCAGGAUUCUGUUCCCCCUGCCUUCAAAGUGACACCCCAAAUGAGAAGAAACACACUUACUAACCCAGGAACGCUAUGUUUGGGGGGAGGAAAACAAUGAGACCUGAAGUUGACACUAUUUUGGGGACAACACGCUAAGCAAACUCUGAUCCUCAUUUUCAAACCAAUGAUUUACUAUUGGUUGAAGUGCUUCAAACCAAACAAAAAAAAUCCAACUUGUCUAAGAAUUCUUAUGUGGUACUGCACAAAAAGGUUGGACAAGAAUCCUUGUGUUGUUGCUAUGCACGCAAAUUCUGGUCAUGGAGAGGACUGUGACUUUUCUUACUGAAUGAAGUGCCUUGUGUGUGUGUGCGUGUUGUUUCAACGGGGAGCCGUUUUUCUACAUGGCGUAUUCGCAGAGUGAUCCAGUCUUUUCACACAUAAUAUGCUUUCAAGGGGACACACAAGUUGUAUCUUUAUAUCAUAUUUCCUGUGUUUUGUUUUUAUCAUCGGAUGUCUCCCUUUUUUAAUGCCUGUGCCAUUAUAGAGUUUAGACGUGACUUUUGUUUCUGCUUUUCGUUGUAUUACAUAGAACGAGUCGAUUUGUUUUCUGCAAAGUUUGCUACUGUAAACCUUAUUAUCCCAGCUGCAAGUUAUUUUUGUUUUGUGGUUAUCUUGAAAUCUGGAUAAAAUGUGCCAUCUUUUUCUUUUGGUUGCUUCCUCUUUAUUACAUUAGUUGCCAAACUUAACUAUUUUUAAUGCGCUUUUUGUUAUAGGUUCCAUCAAAAUAGUUAGCAUUGAGUUUUUAUUCAUAGCUCUCACAUGAAUUCUUAGGCUUUUACUAUUUUAUGGUUUGUUGUUUUGUGCUUGUCAAUGUCAGCAUUUAGCCCACAUUUAUAUUCUUGUUCUGCACAAGAAUAUAUUAUCUACAAGGCGGUGGCGGUUUUGUGUGCUGGGUCAAGUGCCAUGCUUCCAUUAAUCCAUCCCACCAUUAGAUUAGAAUCUUCUAGUAUUGUGGCCGCCUAGUCCAUCACAAGUGGAGGUGUGUGUGUGUUGUUUACCUUCAGAGACUUUUGAACUGCUCUUCACCUCAGUGCCUGUUUGAGAGGAGCCACGCAAAAUCAAUGCCGUAACAUGUGCUACUAUGGCAAUAACUUUUUUGAGAGGGACUUAAAUUACCAUCCUGACUCUGGAGCACUUCUGAACACCUAGUACUUGUUUGGUUGGACUGGCCAUGGAAUUCUUAGUGCUGUGCAGUUCUUGUGAAUGACUUUUCAUAUAACUGAGUGGUCAUAGGGUCCCCCCCCCCCCCCCCCAUCCUCACUAGCAGGCAGAGGUGGGUAGUAAGGCGUUACUCAAGUAAAUGCAAUGGAGUAUAAGCAACACUAGAUCACUUUUCAACCUUUAUAAAAUAUUUUCAGAACAUUUAUGAUAUGUCGACUGACAACUAGUUAAAUGAGACCUCAUAUCGUGAGGGGGUAUCGCUUACAGCUGGCACUAAUUAACUUUGAGGAGGUUGGCAGGAACACUGCCACACAAACUAUAAAUGUGCUGACCGCUUUACGGCAUACGUCACUUUGGCCUUUCCCCAUUCAUUAUAGAAACUGAAGUCAAUGCAUACGCUUUUGUGCGAAUUCUGCAAAGAUGGCGGAGCAACAAAUGUUUUGUCCGAGGACGGAGAAAAAAAAAAAAUCCAGGAUAAAAGGAUAAACAUUGGCCCGGCUUUCACUCGCUGGCGUGACACCCACCCUUAACCAAACUCGUCAGCGGCGAGUUCGUUUUGGGGUGGUUAGCCACACGGUUGCCAACUGUCAUAUGCUAUUGUUUAGCCACAACUGGAUUCAUUACCUUAUUACUACUCAUCCUUCACACAGCCACUGGAAACAGAAAUGUCUUUUAAUCCAUCUGCAGGCGACUGGGAGAUGAUUUUACGACACUGUGCGGGUGUGCGCUGGUCCUCAUAGGAAACUUCCUUAAGGCAAACCACUAACGCUUUUGGCCACAGUUAUCGCUAAAGUCCACCAAAACUGAAAAAUUACCUAGUGUUUCUUUAAUGUAACAAAAAAAUACUUCGAAGAGUAUUUUUACAGCACCAUACUUUUUGAGUAGAUUUGUGAAGAAACGCUAUUUCAGGCUACCUUAGAGCUAUUAUUUUUUCUUUGUAUUUUUCGGGGGGAGGGGGGGGGUCAAAACUAAGUAGCUACACUAGAGCUGUUAAUGUUUCUGUAUAUGUAUUUUUUUUGCGCGAGACUGGUACUACUAGUAUGACUCCAUUAUACAAUGCAGUUACAUGACCACACACAAGCUUGCAGUCGGAAGUCCUAUGAUCACGUCAGCCUGCUCAAUCACAUGACGUCUUUAAAGCACCGUAAAAAAUGAAUUUUCGCAUGCAGCGCCGCAGUCAACAUUACUUGAAAGCGCGGAUUUCAACCUUUCAGUUAUUUGGCUCUAAUGGAGCACGAAAAACCGGAGAUAUGACUUUUAACUUCAUGGUAGAAAAUAUUUAUUUCCACCAGAGUGCACGCAUGCUCUUUGGACAGAUGUUUCAUUUCGAUUUUUCAAGUCGCGGUUUUUGGUGUGAAGGGCUAAUAUGGUUAUAUAAUAGGUUAUAGUACAGUAUAAUUCAUAUACCAUUUUUUAAAAAGACAUUUGUAAGCAGUUAUUCUUUUCACCAAACUUUUUAUAGUUGAGUAAUUUUUUUUAACUACUCUCAAAUAAUGUUGGCUACUCUACCCACCUCUGCUAGCAGGCAAAAUCUCAUCGUGGCACUUUUGACCUGUCAAAUCCUCAUUACAAUAAGUAUAUUGACACCUAAGCAUGUGCCGUAUGCCCACUGUACGUCAGGUGUAUUUAUAACAUCCUAAAACAUGACAAGUGUAGUCCACACAAGAAAUUACAUUUACCUCUUUCUCUGGGUGAUGGCAUCAAAAUGUCCUUUAUUUUCAAGGUAAAAAGGCUGUGGCUCCUUCAGACAUUUUUGCUUUCAUAACAGCAUUUGACUUGUGAUGGCAGUGAGUGUUUUGUUCAUGACGGUUUCAGUGCAAUGUCCUUUUUAUAAGACUUUCAACCUGCGGAUUUACUUAGUCUGAAAAAUGUUUGUAUACCUUUUCUACCUUCUUGUCAGUAUUUGGUUGAAGGAGUUGCAUCAUAUUUGUAGUCAAUCCCUAACCAUCCCUGAACCUUUUUGAUCUUUCUUGCCUGUGGUGAGACUUAGGUCUUUUCUAUUCAGGAGACGUGUGUGCGUGCAUGUGUGCUCGUCGGUUUUCUUUUGGGCAUCACCUCACUUAAAAUAUUCAUCAGUUGGUUUAUGAAUUUAACACCAAAGUUCUAAAACACUUGAGUUAUCUAUGCUUAUGUUCUAUGGUUGGCAUACUUCUGCAGAGGUGGUCCAAUUCUCACUUGAUUUCAACACGCUUCAGUUUGUAGAAUGAGUUUGUGUAUUGCCACCCACUGCAUUGUUUUUCCUUUCUGUAAUUAAAGGAUGAAUUGAAAAAAAAA